AAUCUGUAUAUAAAUAUAGCAUAGGCUAUGCUGCUAGCUGCGUGUAUAAAUGUAUAAGAGCUGCACUAACACUUGCCUUGCAAAGAAGACUGUUGUAUGCCAGGCUUUUGAAUUUAAGUUCGUGAGAAGAAAAGAACAAUACUGUUGAAAUCUGCUUUGCCGACCGUAGAUAUUCAUCGUGUACGUAACUCUGCAAGUCUAUACAACGCUAUGCGACUUAAGGUAAGAUUUUCAGGCGCGCCACUGCCUUUGGCGGUCAAAUUUUGAAUCACCAAUAUCUAUGGAACAGCUGAUUAUCCACUUUUAACCGUAGACACUCGUCGAAAGCAUGAAUUUGUUGCCGAAGUCGCAUCAGGAAUUCAGUAAAGCUGAUUACUGGAACACUUUCUUCAAGAAGAGAGGAAAGAAAGCUUUCGAGUGGUAUGGAGAAUUUCCAGAGCUCAGCAGCUACUUGCUCAAGUAUAUCAAACCAAAAGAUGAGAUUCUCAUAGUUGGUUGCGGCAAUUCCACCCUGGGAAUGGAUUUGUACGAUGCUGGUUAUAAGAAUGUUGUGAACAUAGACGUAUCGCAAGUUGUCAUUAAGCAGAUGCAAGAUUUGAAUAGAGUCAAGAGACCAGAUUUGGUUUUUGAACAAAUGGAUGCAACAAAAAUGACAUACGAUGAUGGGAAAUUCAGUGUUGUCUUGGAUAAAGGUACUCUAGAUGCACUCAUGCCAGACAGCGAAGAGGCUACUAUGACUCUGAUCACUAAGUACCUUCAAGAAACCAAAAGAGUGUUACGAAACAGUGGAAGGUAUGUCUGCAUAUCACUCUUACAGGAACAUAUUUUAAGAACUUUAGUUACAAGUUUCUCUUCAACAUUUGCAUUUCGAGCGGUACGUUGUCAUGAUGCAGAAAUUAAAGCCAAAGAGAUGGAUGAAAGUCCUAUGCCAGUUUUCAUGGCUGUUGCUACAAAAUUUAUCAAAUUGCCACAACCAAUUUUGGAAAUAGUCUUGGCUGAUGGUCCUCCUAUGAGAUUGUCUAAUGUUGAUGAAAUUGUAAAUAAUGUUAUAUCGACUCAAGAAUCUGCCUCUUUGUGCAAUAGUUUGUACAAAAGUAGUGUUGCAAAUGAUGGGGAAGUUUCCCUUGAUUUAUAUAAACCAGGUGAUAAAGAUCCUAGGUAUACAAUAUAUAUUUUAGAUCAGUUGAUGGUAAAAGAAAGGAAGUCUUAUGCUGCAUUCAUUGUGCCACAAGGCAGAGAAAUGGAUUGGUUAUUCAGUACAAAAGAAGGUAGGCAACAGCUGUUAAAAUCAGCGCAGCAUGACAGAUUGGCUAUUGUAAUUUUGAGGAGAGGGCAAAUUUUCGAAAGCUUGGAGGCUGUGAAAAAUGAGCUUGGGGACAGUAUUAAAAAUUUUGCACCUGCUGGACUGUCAAAAAGCCAGAUUCCUUUUCUGUCAUUGGGCUCUGAUAUUGGCCAGAGAAAAAUUAUCUAUGAAGGUAACAGUGAUUUCAGUGGCCCAUUUGUUGUUGAAGAAAUUGAGACUGAAAGUGGCCUUUAUAGAAGACUUGUAUUUUUAAACAAUCAAUUUGUUAUUCAAAGCGAAGCUAAGUUAAAACAAGUUACAUCAAGAAGAAAAAAGACCAAGUAUAUUGUAGAUCCUCACUAUGUUGCUUGUGAUCAUCACCUCUACAUGUCAGUUGGUUUAAAAACUGCUUUGAAGAAUAAAUCUAAUGGCGAAGCCGUUAUAAUUGGCCUUGGAGGUGGAGGACUGUGUACUUUUAUACGGCAGUAUAUUCCACAGACAACUAUCACAGCUGUAGAAAUAGAUCCAGCCAUAUUAAAAAUAGCAACAGACCAUUUUGAUUUAGUUCAAGAUGAAAAAUUAAAAGUUGAUAUUACCGAUGGUAUUGAAUACUUAAUACAUUCAUCAAAACAAGGAAAAAAGUUUGACACAAUACUUUUUGAUGUCGAUAGUAAAGAUUCUAGUGUUGGUAUGAGCUGUCCACCAAAGCAAUUCGUUGACCCUGAUUUUCUCACAACCGUAGAUAGCUGUUUAUCUGAUGAAGGGCUAUUUAUACUAAAUCUCGUUGCAAGAAACAAAAAACUUCGUGAUGAAACUGUUGACGAUCUAAAGAAAAUUUACAAAUUUGUAGCGUCUUAUAAAACCGAAGAGGAUGUUAAUGAAAUUAUUUUUUGCUCUAAAAAUUCGAAAGAUUUCAAAGAAUGGAAAGAUUUAAUGCAAGAGUCUGCUAAAGCAUUGAACGAACUUGCAAAAACGAAGAAUAAUACUGAUGAAUUGAUAGAACUAUCAACACUGCUAAGUAGCAUUAAAAUUGAACAUUAAAUUCGUUUUGGUGUAGUGUUAGAAUAUGAAAUGUUUUUAUAAUAUUUUUGAUGAUGUACAUACAUAAAAAUAUAUGUAUAUAAUUUUUUUAUAAGUCUGUUUUAAAAUAAAAUUUUAAAAACCUCAGCAAAAA